GUCUCAGACUCACAUGGAAAAUUGUCAGGUCUCAGACUCACAUGGUAAAUUGUCAGGUCUCAGACUCACAUGGUAAAUUGUCAGGUCUCAGACUCACAUGGAAAAUUGUCAGGUCUCAGAAAAUCUUCCUGCAGGUGGCGCUGUUGUCAUGUCCCAUCCAAAUUGAUUUCCAAAUACGUCAUCAACGUGUGACAGUGGGAGAGCGCAAGGUCAUUGACCUCAGCGGAGUUUUACCGCGGUCCAGGCUCCUAACGACACAAGCAAAUGGACAAGCUGAAAGCUUACGAGCAGCUGAAAAAAGACCUUGAAAAUGGCGAGAUUACCCAAAAAGGCUUUGAUAACAACGUAAAAAAGCUCCUGGCAGCAGAAAAAUCAGAUGACACUCCUUCAACAAGUGGCAAUGAAUUUCUCAGUGCAGCAGAGGCCUUUGGUAAAGCCAAGAAACUACUACAGCCUCAAGUAAAGAAAAGGCAAUUUCCAUUGAAUGAUAAACGUUUGGACCAUGGCAAAUCAUUAUUGAAGGUCAGAAUGGCUCCCAUGGAGUGGAAACCAAGAACUCCGAGAAGGUGUGGACGGUACCAGAAGUUAAUAAUGGACGAAGCUCCACCUCGAAUCAUCCUGCAAGGCCAUGAAACCUAUGAUGAUUUAAUUACCAUAGCCAAAGAACGCUUCUGGCCAGAGCGUACUGAGGGGAGUGAGUUCACUCUUUGUCAUUCUGACGGGACCAGGUGGAGUAAGGAGGAUUUCCACAAAGAAUACAGAACUGUUUCUGAUAUUACACAUCUGUGGAAAAGAACACUAUACAUCGGGCGAAGACAACUGGAGGUCGUGUGUUUGGAUGAUCAAAGUUCCAUCUCAGAUGAAGACCCUGUAACUAAAGUGGGUGGUGAUGAAAGUUGCAGUUUAGAUGAACUUCCUGAAACCCUCAUAGGACAAAAUGUUGCAGAACAGUGUAUCUUCCACGUGUUCCAUAUGUGGAAGAGGCUUUAAUUACAUACAGCGAGGACAAUCUACUGGGAGAAGGGACAUUUGGCAAGGUAUAUAGAGGUUCUUUUCAUGGUACUCCAGCAGCUGUUAAAAGGAUCGUGUGUGGCCAACAAGGGAUGGAGGACAGCGACAUUCAUCAUGAGAUAAAUGUUUCACUGAGACUGUCUCACCCCAACAUCGUCAGACUAAUGGCAGUUGCCCGCACUGAGUCCUGCUUUUUGUUGGCAGCUGAA